AUGGUAGCGAACUUGACACAACGGCCUGUGGCCUUGCUAGGUGCUGGGACCCAAGGUCGAAGGCUGGCAUACAUGUGGUCGAGCAAAGGUCGGCCAGUCCACUUGAUCGACGCACAAGAAAAGCAACUUCAAGAUGGCGUGGAGUACAUAAAAGGACUCCGUAUGUCGGCCAAAAAGCCUGACGCAUCAUGGGGCGAAGUCAAGACAUUUUCAGCGGAUCAGUUGAGCACGGCAUUGCAAUCAAGCUGGCUCGUGGUUGAGUGUGUGCCGGAGAAACUCGAACUCAAGCGAAGUAUGAUCGCACAGUUGGACAAAUUGGCCCCAUCUUCGACAAUCAUCGCUUCAAACUCGAGUAGUUAUCCAAUCUCGGAGUUGAUAGAAGGGCUGCAACUGUCAAAUGAUCGUCGAAUACUCAGUGCCCACAGCUACUGGCCUCCAGAAACUUCUGCACUCGAGAUCAUGGGUCACCAACGGACUAAUCCUGAAUGCAUAUCAUUGCUCCUGGAGGAGUCUCGAGAACAUGGCUUUAGCCCGUUUCACGUCAAGAAGGACUCGAUGGGUUAUAUCUACAACCGUAUCUGGGCAGCAAUCAAACGGGAAGCAUUACUCACAGCAGCUGAGGGUGUGGCAACACCAGCAGAGAUAGAUAGCAUUUUCAAGGACGUCUUGAAAACACCAAAAGGACCAUUCGAGCAGAUGGAUGUAGUGGGAUUGGAUGUUGUGCUCAAUAUUGAGGAGCACUAUGCAGAGAAACGGCCGGACAUUCCUUCGGAACCUCGAGACUAUCUGAAAAAAUUGAUUGAUAAUGGACAAUUAGGAGUCAAAAAUGGACGUGGAUUUUACGAAUACUGA